AUGUUUAUUUCUGCUAACGAAAAUUAUGAUAACAAUGAAGUGGCGACUGACUACAGGGAUGCUCCAUAUUAUAAAAAAUAUAAAGAUUUGAAAUGCGAGGUUUGUAGCAUUCCUUCUGGAAGUUGUACCCAAUGUCCAUAUCCCAAUUGCAAUAGAUCAUAUCAUAUAUUAUGUUCUAUUGACAUCGAUUGUGCGUUAUAUGAACGUCAAGACGCUGUUGGUGGAAUACAUUAUGAAAUCUGGUGCCCUAAUCACAUUCCAACUGAAGAAUAUCUUCUUGAGAUAAGCAGCAAAGUUCUCCCACCAGGUUACCAACAAGAAUGUGAAAUUUAA